AUGGAGGGUGCGACGUGGGGAGGAAAGGGGCUGUGCGGAGGGGAAGGGGAGUGUGUUGGGGGAGUUGGUGUCCGCGGAGGGGAGGAGAGAGGGGGGGGUGGGUGGGGGGUGCUGAAGGGGUUUGACCAGGCGACCAACAUCAUUCUGGACGAGUCACACGAGCGCGUCUACUCCACCAAGCAUGGCGUGGAGCAGCUGGUGCUGGGGCUGUACAUUAUACGAGGCGAUAACAUAGCGGUGGUGGGCGAGUUGGACGAGGACCUAGACUCUAGUCUCGACUUCGAUGCACUCAGAGCACAGCCGCUGCAGCCCGUGUGCCACUGA